AAUUCCACCAUCUCAACUUCCACAAAACCAACAAUUUAUAAUCAGUUUCCAUUUCAAUUUCCAACCAUCUCUCAAAAUGGCUGAUCACGUGAACUACGACAACACCAAGCCCGUUUCCGACGAGCCUUGCGAAGGCACCACCACCGCUGUCGCCGUGGAGAGCACCGAUCGCGGCCUCUUCGGCUUCGGCGGCAAGAAGGAGGAGGCAAAGUGCGAGGAGACUCCGAUCGCCUCCGAAUUCGAGGAGAAAGUCAAGGUCUCCGAAGAGCCGGUGAAGGAGGAGGAGAAGAAGCACGAAGGAUUGAUCGAGAAGCUUCGCCGCUCCGAUAGUUCUAGCAGUUCCUCGAGUGAGGAGGAAGAAGUUGGGGAAGACGGACUGAAGAAGAAGAAAAAGAAGAAGGGUUUGAAGGAGAAGAUUGUAGGAGAGAAGGAAAAGGAGAAGAAGGCUGAGUGCGAAGAUACAUCGGUUCCGGUGGAGAAGUACGAAGAGCAUGAGGAGAAGAAAGGCUUCCUAGACAAGAUCAAGGACAAGCUUCCCGGAGGCAAGAAGACAGAGGAGGUUGCUGCACCUCCACCACCGGCUCCGGUCGUUGCGGAUUAUUCGGAGGCGGAGGGGAAGGAAAAGAAGGGAUUUUUGGAUAAGAUCAAGGAGAAGCUCCCUGGGUACCACCCAAAGAGUGAUGAAGAAAAGGAAAAGGAAAAGGAAAAGGAGGGUGCAUGCUAAAUUUAAUCAAGUGUGAUUUUCCAACUGUUAUUUGUUGAUGCUUUUCCAAUGCUUUGAUUUCGCUUAUUUUGUUGUAUUUGCUUUUCUCAAUUAUAUAUGUGUAUGUGCAGUAUUUUGUGUACAUCCAUAUUAAGUUUGCUUUUAUUGCAAGUGUUAUUGUUAUUA